UUUAUGGCAACAUUUAACUUUGUGCAUUGAAAUGUGAAUGACUGAUGUAUAGUUGGAGAACGAAUAUAAUUCCCAUAAAAUUUAUCGUGAAACAAAAUUUUUCUAUUUUUCUGGUGUCCAAUGCAUACAUUAUGAUUACUUUAUUACCUUGACCUAGAGUGAUUGUAUAGUAUUGUAUACUUUGUGAGUUAUUUCGGUAAUCAGUGACAUUAGAGUGAAGUGCCUAAUUUGAACAUGGAGGCUGUGGCAAAACACGAUUUUACUGCAACUGCUGAUGAUGAACUCAGUUUUAAGAAGAAUCAAGUCCUUAAAAUACUUAAUAUGGAGGACGAUAUGAAUUGGUAUAGAGCCGAAUUAGACGGAAAAGAAGGUUUAAUACCUAGUAACUACAUACAGAUGAAAAGUCACAGCUGGUACUACGGCAGGAUCACAAGAGCUGAUGCUGAGAAACUGUUAGCAAAUAAGCCCGAAGGUGGCUUCCUCAUUAGGAUCAGUGAGUCAAGCCCUGGUGACUUCUCGCUGUCAGUCAAAUGCCCGGACGGUGUCCAGCACUUCAAGGUCCUAAGGGACGCUUCCAGCAAGUUCUUCCUGUGGGUUGUGAAGUUCAAUUCUUUGAACGAACUGGUGGACUAUCACCGCACCGCCUCGGUCAGCCGUCUGCAAGACGUGAAGCUGAGAGACGUGGUCCCUGAGGAGAUGUUGGUCCAGGCGUUGUACGACUUCACUCCUCAAGAGGCCGGAGAGCUGGAGUUCCGCCGCGGUGACGUCAUCACCGUCAUCGAUCGCUCCGACCAGCACUGGUGGCAGGGCGAGAUCGCUCACCGGCGCGGCUUGUUCCCGGCCUCCUACGUCACAGCCUACCACUCAUAGUGACAUAUCAGAUAUCAUCACCUGUCAUCAACUGUCAUCAACUGUCAUCACCUGUCAUCAACUGUCAUCACCUGUCAUCACCACUUAUUCCUAUACGUUGUAAUGUCGACGUCAAUUACAUAACGUAAUUGUUUAUUCAACACAUUGUUUUUCGUCCAUGGUGCUUACAUCAUUUGAACGCGCCUUCACUAGUGCUAGUACAAAAUAUAAAUGGAUGAAACAAGGAACAUGUUCUGUUUGACGAAUUUAUAACGUACGGAUGUUUAUGUCUGGUCGAUUGUUUUAUUUUAAUAUUGUAAUAUUGUUCACUAUCAGAAUACGAACUGACGGCAGAGUUAGUCUUAGUCUAAGCAGAAUUAGUCUUCGAUUCCCUCUAUUGUAUAACACGUGACGGACUCAAGCCAGGCUCAACACACAGCGAUCGACCGGACACGCCAGCGUCGUCCGCUAAACGUGCCAGAAUGUUAUUUUAGAUUUCUUUUUAAUUAAUAUAUUAUGUUUAGUGCGGCCAGAGGAUUACUGUCGAAGUGAUUUUAUCCAAGGAAUGAACAUUUGGACCAUUAUUUAUCCACAUUAGUGCAUAAUGCGGUUUCUUUUGAAAGAAAAAAAAAACGUUUACACUUUACACACAUACAUUUAAGGCGUAGUUACUAAGUUUUUCGGUUUUUUUAUAAUUUCAUUAUCGCUAUAUAAUAAAUAGUUAAAUGUAUCGAACGUAGCGUCCCCAGGCUUUGUAUCUCCCCAGCCGGGUGCGUGGGCUAGGGCCAGCUAAAAAGUCCUAAAAUCCUUAAACGCCUUCGCCUUAAUAACCACGUGAUAUAACUAGUUCCGGUCCUAAGCCCAUCGGCAUCCGGCCAUAGACUAAGGCGUUGUGUUUCGCACAAACGUUAAAUCAGGCAAUAAUUUUUUAUAUGAACGUGUAUAUUGCAAGGCUUUUGAUGUGUUCUAUAUGGUUUGAAUGGAGAUUUGUUACCCGUUUUAGUGUUUUUUUAUUUUUUUUUUUACAUGAAAAAUAUAUUAAUGAGCGUCAAUAUAUUAAAAAAAUAAUUAAUUAACGUGAUAACGAUUUAGUGUAGAGUAUUGACACUCGAGCGACGGGUGUGGCGUACUUAGCUAGCGUUUAAAACAAAUAGUCAAAGAAGAAAAGAAUCGAUGGAGUAUGAAAAAAAAAAAAAUUGAAAUAAUAACUUUGAGUGCUCGUUAAUCCAAUGUAGAUAUUUAUUUUUGUUAUUAAUGAUGUAUCCGGAAUGAUAAAAUGGAGGUCCUUUGAAACUACCCGCAGUAUAAUGGUAUGAGCAAAGCAUUUAACGUUGUGCAUUAUUGAUAUUGACACAUGUGAUGGUCGGAUCUGCAGUGUUUGUUCGCUUGUGGCAAGUUUUUUUUUUUUAUAUAAAUAAAGUGCUAUAAUCUAUUAUAAUCAAAAUAUUUAAAUAGUUAAGUUAUGAUUCUCCAAUAUUGUGGAAGAUGUAUAAUAUUUUUUACUAAUAAAUUUAAUAUUGUAA